AUGGCAGUUAGGAAAGCCCAACUAUCUCUCCUCCUCGUCCUCGUCGUGGCGGCGAAUCUGGCGUUAUCCCUGGUGGCGCAAUCCACGAAUAUGUACGUGAAUCCCGCCUCCGUGGGAAGCGUAGGCAGAAUCGACGUCGACGACACGGAGGAGAUGAUGCUGGACUCCGUAUCCUCAAGGCGAGUGCUUUACCAGUACAGAUACUUGAGCUACUCGGUGUUGCAGAAGGACAACAUCCCGUGCGGCCGGAGAGGCCCUUCUUACUAUCACUGCCACAUCCACCGCCCCAUCCGCCCCUACAGCCGCGGCUGCAGCCGCUUCACCAGAUGCGGCGGAAGAGGCCGUUAA